AUGCAAUGCCUCAACCUUCUCUUUGAGGACGGUUCCUACUUGGCAGAGUUUCUUCUUGAAAAGGGCUAUGAGGUCCAUGGUAUAUUGCGGCGGUCUAGUUCCUUCAACACAGGUCGCAUUGAGCACCUUUACCAUAAUCGCUGCACACACACAGAAGGCACCUCCAAGCCCCAGCACGGCCUCUCCCCGCAUGCAAAGAAUAUGAAACUUCACUAUGGCGACCUGACUGACAGCACGUGUCUGGUCAAGAUCAUCAAUGAGGUGAAACCCACAGAGAUCUACAACCUGGGGGCACAGAGCCACGUCAAGAUCUCCUUUGACCUGGCGGAGUACACGGCGGAUGUGGAUGGUGUGGGUACGCUCCGCCUGCUGGACGCGGUGAAGACGUGCGGCCUGACGAGCAGCGUGCGCUUCUACCAGGCCUCCACCAGCGAGCUGUACGGCAAGGUGCAGGAGAUCCCCCAGAAGGAGACCACGCCCUUCUACCCCAGAUCCCCCUACGGUGCUGCAAAGCUCUACGCCUACUGGAUCGUGGUCAACUUCAGAGAAGCGUACGAUCUCUUCGCCGUCAACGGAAUCCUCUUCAACCACGAGAGCCCUCGCAGAGGUUCUAAUUUCGUGACGCGGAAGAUCAGUCGUGCGGUGGCCAAGAUCAGUCUGGGGCUGGCGGAGACGCUGAGUCUGGGGAACAUCGACUCCAAGAGGGACUGGGGACACGCCAGGGACUAUGUGGAGGCCAUGUGGUUGAUGCUGCAACAGGAGAACCCAGAAGACUUCGUCAUAGCAACCGGUGAGGUGCACAGCGUACGCGAGUUUGUGGAGAAAGCCUUCAAACACGUGGGCAAGACCAUCAAGUGGGAGGGCCAGGGUGAGCAGGAGAUUGGCCGCUGUGAAGAGACGGGGGUGGUGCACGUCAACAUCGACCCCAAAUACUACAGACCCACUGAAGUGGACUAUCUGCAGGGAGACAGUUCCAAGGCUGAGAAGAUACUGGGCUGGAAACCAAAAGUGUCCUUUGAGGAACUUGUAAAGGAGAUGGUGGAAGCUGACCUCGAACUGAUGAAGAAAAACCCAAAUGCCUGAAUAAUACACACACACACACACACACACACACACACACACACACACACACACACACACACACACACACACACACACACACACACACACACUCCCAACCUUAUACACACUCCAUCCAUCUCUCCCUUUUCCCUCCUGUAAGGAAACUGGCACUCCGUGUGUCUUUUACACAGACUGACUUUGAUUUGAGGCGUGUCUGACUUUUCCUCCUAUUUUUUGCUUUGCCUUUGCACAUGCACUCAUUGAGGGGUUCAGUAUGUCCCUCUGCCUCUCCUGUACAUUUGUGUCUCCAAUUCUGCCUUCCUCUGUGUUUUGUGUUUCUGUUUUUUUUUCUAUGGCCAAAAGAAAAAAGGAAUUGUCAAUCAAUUUUUAUUAUUUAACAAAGUCUAUGUUUUAUUUUAUGGUUUUAGAAAUGAAGGUGUCCUAAAAUAAUAAUGAAGUGAUGUAUUUUAAAAGCUGCAGAGAUUUAUUUCUUCAUGUUUUAUCAUGUAAAGGGGUGUAAAGGGGUUUUACAUUAAAUUUUAGAGGGAUUUAAAUCUUA